AUGUUGCGAAAACUAUUCACAUCCGCCCUCCUCUUUGCUGCCCUGAGCAAUGGACAGACGGCUCCUGACCUCGGGACCGCGGAGACUUUUGCUGUCCUCGGUGGCUCAACUGUGACAAAUACGGGCCCAACAACGAUCACUGGUGAUCUGGGAGUCUCGCCUGGGACUGCUAUCACGGGUUCCGGCCAAAUUACGAUCAUUGGAUCCGUACACCAAGCUGAUGCAGUCGCAAGUCAAGCACAGACCGAUCUGACAACUGCAUAUAACAAUGCGGCUGGCCAGGGACCGGCUACUGUAAUCGCGACGGAACUCGGCGGCCAGACAUUGAUUGGUGGUGUAUAUAGUAGCCCAACAUUCGGGCUUACCGGCACCCUCACGCUUGACGCUCAGGGGAAUCCGGAUGCAGUUUGGAUCUUCCAAAUGACAUCCACCCUUAUCACUGCCACCGACUCCAAUGUUGUUCUGGCCAAUGGUGCUAACCCUUGCAAUGUCUUCUGGAAAGUGGGAACCUCGGCAACCUUGGGAACAAGGACGGCUUUCAUCGGAACCAUCAUGGCAGAUCAGUCUAUCACGUUGAAUACCGGCGCAACGAUCAACGGACGGGCUCUGGCCCGCAUUGGGGCAGUGACAAUGGACACCAAUACUAUCACCAAUGCGGCUUGCCACUACCGUGUCGCCUACGACAACCACCACGACGACGACGACGACGUCGACUACUACGACAACUACCACUACCACCACUACCACGCCGACGACUACAACGACAACCACCACCACGCCGACUACUACAACGACAACCACCACUACGCCAACCACUACAACGACAACUACCACCACUACCACGCCGACUACUACAACGACAACCACCACUACGCCAACUACUACAACGACAACUACCACCACUACCACGCCGACGACUACAACGACAACCACCACCACACCGACUACUACAACGACAACCACCACUACGCCAACUACUACAACAACAACCACCACUACGGCGUCUACCACGACAACUACUGGCACCACCACCACUACCACCACAACAUCAUCUACCACCACGUCAUCGUCAUCCACCACGACGACAACCACAACAACGGGGACCACCACAACGGGGACCACCACCACAGGAACCACCACAACGGGAACCACAACAACGGGGACCACCACAACAGGAACCACUACAACAGGAACCACUACAACGGGGACCACAACAACGGGGACCACAACGAAAACUACCAAAACGAAAACUACCAAAACGUGGUCUACCACAACGCCAUCCAGCACAACGCUGUGUACCACCACUCCUACCACAACCAUAUGUACCACUACGGUAUGGACAACCACGACGUUGACGCCAUGUACAACCCCGACGUCGACAACAUGUUCAACCUCGCCGUGGACAACCUGGCCAACAAGCAUGCAAAACCCCCACAACCAAGGCUGGGAAGAACAUGA